UGGAUGUGGGACUGAAACAUUUUAAAUGCCUUCAUCUCUAGGUAGACACCUCCCAGGGUGUUUUAAAGAGCCUUUAGAUUAAUCUGUCUUCAAAGUGUUUGGGUUUGUUUUCUUGAGGGAUAUUCCAGUGGGAUUCAGUAGAGGGUAGCUGAAUCGAUCCAUGAAGACAUCAGUAAGACUGCUGAAAUUCAGUGGUAUAUUCCUGUUUAUGCAUUUGGGGUUUUGGAGGAUCAAGACAAAUGCUUUUCUUGCGGGUUGGACUCUGUUCAGAUAUUGAUGUAAAAUCAAUUAUUCAACAAACCUUCGCAAAUGUCACUGUGUAGGUAGCCGAGUCAUCUCUUCUAAAUAAGUGGUUUGUUUACGUGCAGGGCUUUACUCUGGUUAACUGAAUGCUCUUUACUAAAGACUAUACUUUUUCCUCUGCACAACUACUUUAUGUGUGUUGUUUGUCUACCCUGGGAAUAAACAAGCUCCAUUCCUCUGUCUGUGUGACACAUCUGCCUGUACCUUGCCAUGUGCCCGCCGAGAGAAACACCUUGUACUGCACUGAGUCUCACGUUCACCAUGCCUGCCAUAGUCAACCUCCUUUUCAACGUCGUCUCCACCAACACCACCAUCUCCUUUUCCGUGGUACUGCCCAUGGUCAGCCUGGUCUCUCUUCUAGUGGGGGUUGGGGGUCACCUCCUGCUGUGGCUGGUGCUGGUUAGGAACCCCCGGAGCCGCUCCAAACCAAGCUCCGUCCUGCUCCUCAACCUCAGCCUGGCGGACCUGGGCGCCCUGCUCACCUUACCCUGUGUGCUUCUAAGUGCUAGUUUCCAGAACUGGGAGCUUGGAGGCGGGACCUGCGUCUUUCUGGGAUUCAUGACUUCCAUAACAGUGGGAGUGGAAAUCUUCAGUCUGGCGGCUUUGUCAGCGCUGAGGUAUCGUAUCGUUAUGCCACGGACGAGACUAGCUGCUAGUCUGACGCAAGUGUUAUGCACUGUAGUAGCCAUUUGGCUGGUCUCAGUAACCAUGGCGUUACCAAAGGUCACCUACAUCAACUUUGAUGGUGGUUGCACAUGGUUAGUAGGCAGAGAUGAGUGGCUGUUCUUCCUGGUUCCUGCCUUCCUGGUUUAUUAUGUGGCCCCUCUCCUCUGUAUUGCCAUCAACUGCGGCCUCAUCAUCUCCCAUCUCCAUGGCUGCAGGGGCACUCUGGCUGCUGACAGACGCAACAAAAAAGCUACCGCUCUGCUGAUUGCCUCAACACUGGUUUUUGCUAUUAGCUGGUUGCCAUAUUAUGCACUUGAGUUUGUGAAUGUUAUGUCACCCUAUGUUAGCUCUGCAGCUUCUCCCAUUAGCUUCUCCAAUUUGUCUCCAUUGUAUUUGCCAGUCACUUCAACUGUGCCAAGUGUGGAAACAGAGACAAGGGUGUCCCUGCUAUGGGAGGUCGCAUCCUUGAUGGCCAUUUUGCUGGUGUGUCUAGCACCAUGCUGGAACCCGCCACUGUAUUUCCUGCUGUCACGUCCGGCAGUACGUCAGCUCCGAGCUCUGCUGCCUUCCUUCUUUCAUAAGCAUUUGGGAAAAAAACCUGUACAGUGCUGGCGUAUUGCUCCUGCUCCUCCCCCAUGCCUACCACACCCUCAGCCUCCUGCACACUCACUUACUCACCAAACUCUGACACACAGACUGACUCAGUAAAAGUUAAUACACACAACUGUGCUCACUCACAUAUAGUACCCCCGUGACAUACUAUUCAUAUUUGCCAUCACAAGACACAUACAAAUACAUGAGUCACAGCAUGCUUUGUGUACACAUACUAUUAUGUAUGCUUAGAUGCUUAUGUGGUUAUACCCACAUCCUCUUCACAACAUUACAGUAAAUGUAUAAAAAGGCUCUAGGGAACAGUGCGUGGGGCCUCUCAGAUAGAUAACAGUGUAUCAUAAACAGAAUGCAUUACAUGCCAUAAAAACACAAGGUUUAUAUUGCUCAUCGCAAUGCCAGAGUCACUAAGCAACUCACUGUCCUGGUUGUGAGAAGCUUGAAGAGGAGAGCUGCAAGUCUGGGAUGAUUUAAGAGAAAAUUUUACAGCAAAACAAAGCAGGUCCUCUGUAUAUCAAUGUGCACAUUAUCAUUUACAAAACCAGGUCACUGAACCUUUUCAGAGCUCCCACAUGGGACCUGAAACCUGCAAUCUUAACAGCCUUUUUCAGGCACUAAAGGAUGUCUGCUGAGCCCACACUGACUGACAUGACCCAACCAAGCACACAUAAAACAGAUUCCCCAUGGAGCCUUUAAACAACCGUCCCCAAUCCACAAUAAAAGCGCGCCUGAUAAGUAUGACAUACAGCAUGUGCAUGAUGUAUGAACUAUGAAAAGAAUGUUGCCUGUUUCCAGAAGCCUUCAUAUGACAUCUUUACAUUGCAUCUUGUAGAUUACAAGAAAUACAGCCUUGCAAACCUAUUUCUAAGCUGCCUGACAGAGCAAAAACACAGGGGACACAGAGCGCCAUGCCUGCCUCCCUGUAAAGCUCCCUGUAAAGCACUUGGUUGCAACAUAAACUAAAUUCAGUGUCAUCUCAAUAACAUUGUGAAAAGAGGCCUCCUUGACUUAUGACAAGCAUAAAUAGAAGCUGACUAAUUUUGUUCUGGGCUUGUAUGCGGAGAAGUGCUUAUUAAAUAAGGAUUUGACAGAAAGGAUCACGUCACAAGAUGACUACGUGGGAAAAUUACUUCUUAACAAGUGGAGCCCAUCUGCAAACAGAGUGGUUUAAUAUCACAAUGUAAAGGGCAUGUCAUGUACUUGCAGUGGUCAGGGGCUUUGUUUGACAAAUUGGCUGUAGACGAGUAAUUGGAUUUUUUGUUGUCAGGCUAUUAAAUGGGCAGAUGUAAAGCAGUGAUUUAAAUUUAUUGGGAAGUUAGAAUCACUUAAACAUCCCUGAAUAUAGUUUGUUUUGCAGCUAAAAUGGCGAUGGCUUAAAAUUUUAAUCUGAAACACGAUCUAAGCUUGAAAAAAAACCUCAUUUGACCUUUUUGUUCAUGGAAAUAUAAACUAUCAUGAUAUUGCUGCUAUUAUGCAUUAUCUUCCUUUUUUUUAAAAACAGCUGAUAAAAACAUUUUUAGACAUAUUUUCUGGAAACUGCAUUUAAAUUAAGCUUCAAGCCUCUGGGUGGGUGUUUCACC